AUGUGCAGAACACGUCCCAACGACGUGGACAAAGUGCUGGCUGGAUACGCAAAGCUCAUAGCUGAUGGAGCCUCUUGCAAGCACAUCGUUCAGAUUGCAAGGGAUGAGGUGGAAGCGAAUCCAAGGGCUACUGAUGCUAUGAGGGAGUUUUCCAACAUACGAGAAUCUGAUGCUGAAGUGGGUGCUCGGAGGGUCUUGUGCAAAUAUGGUUUGACAACUCCAGUUGCUGCAACGAAGGCGAUCAACAUUACGCUGACCUUCCUCUAUCGGAACGGACUUUGGAUUCGAGAGGGGUAA